AUUUCUCUUCCCAGAUAAUCUCUUGGGAAUUUCCUGGGUUGACAGUUCCUGGAUUCCGAUAUUAAACAAUGGGAGUGUGUUGGACUAUUUCUCAGAGCGAAGUAACCCAUUCUAUGACCGAACGUGUAACAAUGAAGUUGUCAAAAUGCAGCGGAUGACCUUGGAUCAUUUGAACCAGAUGGUUGGAGUGGAGUACAUACUUCUUCAUGCUCAAGAGCCCAUUCUCUUCAUUAUCCGAAAGCAGCAAAGGCAAUCUCCAACACAAGCUAUUCCAUUGGCCGACUACUAUAUUAUUGCUGGAGUGAUUUAUCAGGCACCUGACUUAGGGUCUGUCAUUAACUCCAGAGUUCUCACUGCAGUGCAUGGAAUUCAGUCUGCUUUUGAAGAAGCUAUGUCCUACUGUCGCUAUCACCCGUCCAAGGGCUACUGGUGGCAUUUCAAAGACCAAGAAGAACGAGAGAAAACUAAACCGAAAGCCAAGAAGAAAGAAGAACCAAGUUCUAUUUUCCAAAGACAACGGGUAGAUGCAUUGCUUUUAGACCUAAGACAAAAGUUUCCACCCAGAUUUGUUCAGCAAAAGCCUGGAGAAAAGCCUAUCCCAGUGGAUCAAAUCAAGAAGGAACCAGAACCAGCCCCUGAAGCUGUCAAGCCAGAGGAAAAAGAGACUGUAAAGAAUGCUCAGCAGAGUGCUGGCACUAAAGGACCACCUGAAAAACGGAUGAGACUCCAGUGAAGGGAGAAGUUUUUACACAUCUGGAUUAGUCGGUACCUGGAAAACAGGAGAUUCUUUCUCCCCUUUCUUUAUAUUUAAGCUCUUCCACCAAGACUGACAGUGUGGGGACUGAAGUCCCUGUAACAGCUUUUUCUGUAGAAACUGGUCAUACAAAUGUUAAUGUUGGGAUAUGAGGUGCCUCAAAGGUGGUGUUUAUUUUGAAUGUUGGCUUCCAAGAAUGGUUUUUACAUGGGCAUAUUUUGCAGCCUCCUGAAAUCUUUACAAACUUGCAUCCAUUGUGUGUUGGUUUCCUAUGUAAAAAGGAAAAAACUUUUAUAUAAAAAGAAUAAUCUGAAUUCUUGGCAAAUAAAACUCCUGGCUGCUGGAA